ACGCGUGCAAAAGCAUGAAAAAUCUAACGCGUUUACACGAGUUUUCGGAAUAUAACGAAAGUUCAUGAAAUUUUCUUCGUGAAAUUUCGUUAAUUUGUCUUUUAACGCUUUUUUUUGUGUUAAUUUCAAGAAUCAUUUCGUUAAAUACCUUUUUAUUUUUACAUGGGGACUGAUUCAACAAAUGACAUUACAUUAGGACAAAACGAAAUUACUUAAUUUCAAACUACAUAUACACCCGAUAAUGCUAUUCAUUGGUAUACACAUAGUUCAUUUUUCUACCAUGUAUUAAACAAAGCUUGUCGAAUGCUUAAUAAUGGUAUAUUAGUGCAAUUUCAUUCAAUUAUCAAUGACAUUGAUACUCAAUUGAAACAAUUGCAUUUAAAAUAGAUAAAAGAUGUUACACUUGUACUACCUUUGAUUGUUUAUCGUGGACAAGCACAAUGGGAUGCAACUGAGUUAGAAAAACUUCAUACGAAUAUUGGUGGUCUUAUAUCGAUGAAUAUAUUUUUAUCGACAACAGUUGAUUAUGAUGUAGCCACUAUUUAUGCUGCUGGUGAUAAUAGACAUACAUUUGUACUAUUUAAAAUCACAGUAAACAAAAUAGAUACAAUAAAUGACAAACAAUGUCAAACAUUUGCCGAUAUUAGUCAAUAUAGUGCAAUAACAGAUGAAAAAGAAAUUCUUUUUAGUAUGUCCACUGUUUUCAAAGUGAUAUCGAUCAAAGCCGAGAAGUUAUUUUGGGUUAUUGAUUUGGAAUUAACCAGUUACAAAGAAGAUAAAAAUGUCCAAAAAUUGAUAAGCGAAGCUGAUUUAACACAAUUAUUUGUUAUUAAAGUUUAUAAGAAAGAAGGUCUAAUAAAAGAACUUAUCAAUAAAGAUUCUAAUUUACAAGUACUUGCUGUACAGACUAACACUAAUGCUACUUAUUCGAUCAAUGCAUCAUCAUCAUCUAUUUGUCUUCUAUUCGAUUUACUCAAUAGUUUUCUCUAUCAUCCAGACAAGAAAAAACAACAAGAACAAAUCAUAUUUGACAAUGAAAAUACAAUGUCUUUGCUUUGUUUUGGCGCAUACUUAUUAUUGACUGGUGAUCAUAAUAAAAGUAUUCAAUAUUUUCAGAUGAUCUCAAACAAUAAUUUAAUGAAUGAAAAAUUAAUACUAUUGGCAGAUAUCAUAUCGAAACUCAUUCGUAAUAUAACAAACGAACAAGAAUCAACAUUGAAAUCAUUUGAUACUGCAUUACAACCAUUUCAAUCACUUCAAGAAAAUAUAAUGCCACCAUGGCUUGCUGCUUCUAUUACUUCAUUUUCUAUGACAACAGUUGAUUAUGUUCAACAAAAAGAUCAACUACUCAAAAUAUUGACAUCAUCUAUGGUUAAAGAGCACUCUGACAAUAGUGCUCUUGAAAAAAUUCGUCUGAUUAAUUUAGGUCAUAUUUAUUCAGAAGAAUUAAAAUUUAUCGAUGCACUCAAUUGUUGGGAAGAAGCAUUAGAAUUAAAAUCAUAUAUACCAAACAGAAAUGGGGAAUAUUUUCGAUGGAAUAAUUUAUUUACAAAUGGCUUCAUCCUAUUUCAGAUUGAAUAA